UUUUUCUUACAGGAAUGCAAAAUUGUUGGCAGAGGAAAAACUGCGGUGUACUCUAAAACAAAAGAUUAACUUGGUGGACAAACGGGGCCUGUCGGGCGUGGGUGGGGUGUAAAAGUAGUCCCGGCGAUGGGGUCAUGACCCAGGACGUCAGCGUCCGGCGCGCAGUUCAGUUUGGCGGUUUCGGAUCUGCAGUCGAAUUGGGGCGUGAUGUGGUCCCGAAUGAACCGAGCCGCUGAGGAGUUUUACUCUCGUCUCCUGCAGGAGUUUGAUGAAGAAAAGAAAGGAAUCCAUAAAGACCCAUUUAUCUAUGAGACUGAUGUUCAAGGGCAGUUGAUCGGCAAAGGCCAACCAAACCCUUUGAAAAAUAUUCUAAAUGAAAAUGAUAUGAUAUUCAUUGUAGAGAAAUUGCCUUUAGAGAAGGAAGAAACAAGUCAUGUUGAAGAACUACAGUCUGAAGAAACUGCUAUUUCUGAUUUCUCUACUGGGGAGAAUGUUGGACCACUUGCUUUAUCAGUUGGGAGAGCAAGCCUGCUUUCACUCCUACUGAACCUCUACCCUUACCGAAUUGGAUUCCCCAUUGGUAGAAGUUAUGAUCCUGUCACAUUCUUGUCACUUCCUGCUGUGUGCAUCUUGAUCUGCCUGGUGUGCCCUUCUCCCACUUCUUCACUGGGUGAAUUGUUUAUGCAGUUAAUUGGACUUUACGCUAUGGCUCACAAUCCUAAUAUGACCCACUUGAAGAUUAAUCAUCCAGUUACUGCCCUUCCUGCCCUGUGGGUGAGGUGUGACAGUUCAGAUCCUGAAGGGACCUGUUGGCUGGGAGCUGAGCUUAUCACCACAAAUGACAACAUUACAGGAAUUGUCUUAUAUACGGUCAGUUCUAAAGCUGAUAAAAAUUAUUCUGUAAAUCUUGAAGACCUAAAAAGUUCACAUAAGAAAAGACAUCACUUGUCUACUGUAACAGCCAGGGGCUUUGCCCAGUAUGAGCUGUUUAAGUCCACGGCCUUGGACGACACACUUGCCGCAUCACAGACUACGAUCACUUUGGAUAUUUCCUGGAGUCCCGUGGAUGAGAUUCUUCAAACCCCUCCACUUUCCUCAACUGCAACCCUGAAUAUUAAAGUGGAAUCGGGAGAGCCCAGAGGUCCUUUGAAUCAUCUCCAGAGAGAAGUGAAAUUUCUCCUUGUCUUGGCUGAUGGUUUGAGGACGGGUGUAAGCGAAUGGCCUGAGCCUCUGGAAGUAAAGUCUGCUGUUGAUCUUGUGCAGGAAUUUCUGAAUGACUUAAAUAAGCUGGAUGGAUUUGGUGAUUCUACAAAAAAAGACACAGAGACAGUGAAGCAUGACAGUGCUGCAGUUGACCGUACCAUCGAGUGUCUUUUCACAGUGCGGGGCGAUCUCGAUUUUGCUGAGCAGCUGUGGUUCAAAAUGAGCAGUAGUGUGAUUUCUUAUCAAGACUUGGUGAAAUGUUUCACGCUGAUCAUCCAGAGUCUACAACGUGGUGAUAUACAACCAUGGCUCCAUAGUGGGAGUAACAGUUUACUAAGUAAGCUUAUUCAUCAGUCUUAUCACGGAACCAUGGAUACAAUUUCUCUCAGUGGGACUGUUCCAGUUAAGAUGCUUUUGGAAAUUGGUCUGGACAAACUAAAGAAAGAUUAUAUCAGUUUUUUCAUAGGUCAGGAACUUGCAUCUUUGAAUCAUUUGGAAUAUUUCACAACUCCAUCAGUAGAUAUACAAGAACAGGUGUGUCGUGUUCAAAAACUCCACCAUAUUCUAGAAAUAUUAGUCAGUUGCAUGCUUUUCAUUAAACCCCAACAUGAGCUCCUCUUUGCUUUAACACAAUCCUGCAUAAAAUACUACAAACAAAAUCCUCUUGACGAGCAACACAUUUUUCAGCUGCCAGUCAGACCAACUGCUGUAAAAAGCUUAUAUCAAAGUGAGAAGCCACAGAAAUGGAAAGUGGAAAUCAGUGGUGGUCAGAAGAAGGUGAAAACAGUUUGGCAGCUGAGUGACAGUGCACCUGUAGACCAUCUGAGUUUCCACAAACCUGAUGUUUCUGAAUUAACAUUAAAUGGCAGCCUGGAAGAAAGGAUGUUCUAUACUAACAUGGUCACCUGCAGCCAGGUGCAUUUCAAGUGAAGUGUGCCAAUGGAGUCCUCUGUAAGCCUAAGCCAAAACAAAACAACAACAAAAAAACCCCAUUAUCACAGAGCCUGAAACCAGAAAUGUAUAUAAACCUUCAAGGCAGAAAAAGGAGGAAGGUCCAGAGGAUUCUUUACGAAAGAUGGAUCUAUAAAAUGGGUAACCCUGUCUCAGCUCUGGCUCUGAAGGAGGAGCAUCAGGAGAACUGCGGAGAUUAGUAUGCAAAGCGUGCAGACUGUAGGUACCACAAUCUCCGUCACCAUCUGCAUGUGACUUAGUAAUGGCUCUGAAACGGGAGAGAGAACACCACAAAUGAGAGUGUCGUCAUUUUAGCGAAUAUAGCUUCAUCUGGAAAGAUUCCCCUGCAUUGGGGAAAACUUGGAAAAUGGCAUCAUCAAGCUUUGUAAUUAAUCUCACUUGCUAUAAAAGAGAACAUGGUUCUCUUAACGUUAUAAAAUGUUAUUUAAAAAAAAUUACGUGAGGGCUUUGUAAUAUCCUUCCGAAAAUAUGGAAUAAAGAUUGCCUACAUUUGGUUCUUCCAUAGGUACUGGAAUAAAGUCUAAAUGUGUGUUAUACUUGCACUUACCAUAAAUUAAUGUGAGAAUAUUGACAGCCAUGUUCCCUGGUUUCUGUAAUUUUCACUGAGGGGAUUUAUGAAAGAAAAAUCCUUGGCAAACGUCUCCCAACCUUUCAAAGAUGUUAUUCAAAGAUGUAUCUUAAGAGGUGGAGGAGUUGCCAUAUUUUUGUGGGAAUUCUUGCACUGUUAAGUAAGUAUCUUGAAGAGUUGAAUAAUAAGUGUAUUUCACAUACGUGAUUAUGUUAAUGAACAUGUAUGUAAUUCCUACUGUAGGUUUUGUGCCAGGCACCCUGGCUACGGAGAUAAAUAAGGCACAGACCCUGCUCCCACAGAUUUCAUAGGCUCAGCAGUAAAUUCUACAUCAUAUGUCUAGGUGAUUAAAUAAGCUUAUUUUGGUUUAAAGGAAUAUACAUCCUUAAUAUCACCUGGUUAUUCAGAUGGGAGCAGGGCACAGUGGUAUAAAACAGCUAUGAAAGUAGCUGAAUUGGUAGGAUUUGUUUGGUCUAGCACUUUCCACCUCUGAUACCACAUUAAAGAUGGGUUUGUUAAAACAGGAAGUAUAUUUCUCUGAUUGCCCUCAUAGAGAAAGACCGAAUUCAAAGAAACAAAUGAUCUGUGCUGGCCUUGAUGUGUAGAUGCGUCUUUGUUAUUCCACAUCUUUGAACCUUGGGAACCAUGCCUUCCAUGAAGUCAGGGACCUUGUUUUAUUUAUUGCUGUAUUCUAGUUAUAACACCCCCUAGCUAAUAGUGAGUGCUUAAUAAUUACUUGCUGAAUGAGUGAAUAUAAAAUCUGGAGUGUUCUUUGACUUUUCGAUGUUUAUUCUAUUUGAAUAUGGUUCCAUUUUUCCCUCCUUCCACAAAGCCCACUAUAACAAAAAUAAGUUUAUAAAUUGAUAGUAUGAUUCAGAAAAAUAAAACUAGCGUGGAUAAAAUAUUUCUCUUUUCUGGUAGAUUUUUAAAAUAUUUGAAAUUCUUGUAAAAUAGAAAUUUGACAUUGCUUCAAAGUGAAGGAAAAAAUUCAUUUUUAAUUGUGUUUUUGGAAAGAUUGACUUCACAUAGAUCCACAUUUUGAGGUUUUGGUAACAUCAUUAUAUGUAUAAUUAUGUGCCUUAGUUGUUAAAGGGAAGAAUUAAAAUAUACUCACCUGCA